UGGAAUAGGUGAAGGAGGCGGAGAGGGGGUUGUCGUACGGUCUGGAGUCACUAUACAAGAGUCGCGGCACGCACACACCCUCAGUCUUUGGCCAGUGACUUGUUCCGUGUGGCCGUCCGUGUCCGUGCGUGUGUCCCGUGCUGACUCGCCCGUGUCACUGGCUACGCCCACGACCCUCCAGCAGCCCAGGAUUGUACUAAGGCCCCAGCGUCGCGCCCUGAGGAACUGUCCUGCCCCCGGGCGCAAGGACACACAACGGGACAUCUUGGGCACGCGUCUGGACAUAACCUCUUCAAUCUUUACGUGCCGUCGCUGAGAACAAGAUGAGGCGUCGCGGCGUGGCGGGGAUGGUGGCGGCGGCGGUGGUGGUGGUGACGAUGGCGGCGGCGGCGGCGGCGCAGGACACACAGGAGAAUGAGUUCGGGUGUCACUGCAUGGAGUACUGGACGUGUAUCACCAGUGGGGGUCAUCCGUACAGCUACUGCGGACUGAGCGCCUCCUCCGUGUGCUGCUUCAUCCCUCUCAACGCCAGCCCCAUCGGCAUCCUCCCCCUGCGACGGCGAGACAAGUCCUGUGGCACGAAGGGCGCAGCGGGACGCAAGGAGGGUCAGGCGGAGAUGUCGGAGUGGCCCUGGCAUGCGGCGAUCCUGGAGCAGCCGCAGGACCUGUACGUAUGCGGCGCGUCGCUCCUACACGAGUCCUGGGUGCUCACCGCGGCCCAUUGCGUCGACGACUACCUGGAGUCCGCGGGUCGCCUGGAGGAGGUGCUGAAAGUGCGUCUCGGGGAGUUCGACGUGAGCACCACCGCUGAGCCGCUCAAGCACGAGGAGUUCCCCGUCACCGAGGUCGUCAUCCACCCACAGUUCGACAACUCCACGCUGGUGAACGACAUCGCGCUGCUGAGGCUCAAGAGCUCGGCGCGGCGCAAGGCCAACAUCGACGCCGUCUGCAUGCCCAAGAAAGACGACUUCGCGGAGGGGUCGACGGCGAGGUGCUACGUGACGGGCUGGGGGCGGCGGGACGAGGCCUCAGAACACAGCGUCGUCCUGAAGGAGAUCAACGUGCCACUCUGGAGCAACCCGUCGUGCCAGAACGCCCUCAGGGAACAGUUCGGCCCCGCCUACUCCCUGCCCACCACCGCCCUCUGUGCCGGAGCCGAGGGGCGCGACGCUUGUGACGGUGACGGUGGAGGGCCGCUGGUGUGCGAGAAGGACCGCCACUGGUACCAGGUCGGCGUGGUCAGCUUCGGCAUCGGCUGCGGCAGGAGAAACGUCCCCGGCGUCUACACCCGCGUCCAGGCCUUCGAGGAGUGGAUCAAGUCAACCAUAGGCGUCCACCACCACCCCUAGGAGCGAGGUCACCGCCAUUUCGUAGCUAGAUCGGCCCGUAUCCUCACACGCUUUCGGCUCUCACAACAAGUAUUUCCAAAGGUCACAAAGAAGAUUAGUUGGGUUUUCCUGAGUGUCUUUUUUCAUGUUCAUGGUGUAGAAGCAUUGUUAGAGGCUCACUAUAUAGGCGCAUACAACUACCCACUGAAAUACUAACACAGCCUCUACGGAAGCCUAAUCAAAUUUAAGAGCCGAUUUCACAGUCCAACACAGUGUCUUCGUAACAGUCCGAACUAAACUAUAGAAUCCCAUACAAUCCAAAAUGGGGAGGUCUUCGAUGCCACACUAAAUACACACAAGACUUUUCCUGUAUAGUUUCAUCAAAUUUGUGAACUUUAAUAUAAACACCAGACACUAUACAAGGAAAUUUCCAAGGCUCUGGUAUUGGUUUGGGAGCUUACUAACCCAUCAUGGAGAACUGUGAAACUGGUCCUAAGCGAGUAAGCCCAAAAAUGUUUGAGAGUAUGGGCCUGAAGUGUCUCGAGGUCAUCUUGAAGUCUUCCCCUCAGCUACCACCGCCAAUAAUACUACCACUGCUACAACCGUUACUAUUACUACCACUACCACUACUGUGAAACUGGCCUUAAGCGAGUAAGCCCGAAAAUGUUUGAGAGUAUGGGCCUCCAGUGUGUCGAGGUCAUCUUGAAGUCUCCUCCUCAGCUACCACUACUACCACUGCUACAACCAUUACUACUACUACCACUACUACUGCCACAAUUACUACUACUACUACCAUCGCCUCCAUAACAUCUACAAGAACUGCUACAGAUUUCUACGAUCACUACGACAACUGCUGUUACUACCAUCGUCAUUUCUAUAGACUGCUUCAUCUGCUCUUUCUCCUAUUGCCGAUGAUGAUGUUGAUGCCCUGGCUGGGUCAUCCGUCAUCUUAGAACGUCAGGUUAUCUUUGAUAGUGUGAGGUCUGCAGAGGAUUGUUUUUUUUUCUUUUUAAGUUCGUGUUUCUUUGUAAAUGUUUUUGAAGUUGUGUAUAUGUGUAUCUGUUCGAGAGAGAGAGAGAGAGAGAGAGAGAGAGAGAGAGAGAGAGAGAGAGAGAGAGAGAGAGAGAGAGAGAGAGAGAGAGAAACCUUCACCAUAACUGUAUUUUCAGUCUGGUGGCUCUUCUAGGAACUAAAAAAAAGUAAUUUGUGUAUCCAGUGACGUGUGUGUGUGUGUGUGUGUGUGUUUAGGUAAGCAGAGUGACGCAACCAUAUUAUAUUCCUCACCCCCCCCCCCCCCACACACACACGCACGAGCGCGCACACACACACACACACACACACACACACACACACACACACACACACACACGUCAUAAUUAGAAACCAAAACUGUUGUUAAAAAAGAAAACUAAUUCUCUCUCUCUCUCUCUCUCUCUCUCUCUCUCUCUCUCUCUCUCUCUCUCUCUCUCUCUCUCUCUCUCUCUCUCUCUCUCUCUCUCUCAACAUAUUGACUAUACACUCUAUCUCUUCCACCUCUUUCUCCCUCCCACUCACCCUCUCGCUCUCUCUCUCUUCCUCCGGCCAUACCUCUCCUCUCCUGUCCUACCUCCCUCCUUAACUCCUCUUUCCCUCCCUCCCUCCCA